AUGGAAUCCGAUUCCUCUUCCGCUUACUUAUCCGAUGCCGCAAGCAGCGGAGUCACCGGAACUUGGAGCGUGGUCGUUACGCUCUCCCUCUUUGUCCUCUGCUGCGCUUGGCUCUACAAGAGAUCAGGCUCCAACUCCCGGCUGCCGCCAGGUCCACGCGGGCUCCCGUUGGUCGGGAACCUUCUGUCUCUGGACCCGGAGCUCCACUCCUACUUCGCGGGACUGGCCCACACCUACGGCCCAAUCUUCAAGCUCCGCCUCGGCUUCAACCUCGGCUUCGUCAUCACCUCCCCCUCCAUCGCCCGCGAGGUCCUCAAGGACCAUGACGUCAUCUUCGCCAACCGCGACAUCCCCGCCGCCGGCCUGGUCUCCUCCUACGGCGGCUCAGACAUCGUGUGGACCCCGUACGGCCCGGAGUGGCGGAUGCUGCGCAAGGUCUGCGUCAAGAUGCUCAGCAACACCACGCUCCAGUCGGUCCACGAGCUCCGGCGGAGACAGGUCCGGCGAACAGUCGGGUUGCUCUACGGUCUGGUCGGGACGCCGGUGGACGUGGGAGAGCAGAUGUUCCUGAGCGUUCUGAACGUGAUCACUAACAUGCUGUGGGGCGGGACGGUGCAGGAGGAGACCUCCGGGAUCGCGGCGGAGUUCCGGAAAGUGGUGUCGGAGGGAACGGAGCUGCUGGCGAAGCCGAACGUGUCGGACUUUUAUCCGGGUUUGGCCCGGUUUGACUUGCAAGGCAUUGUGAAGCAGAUGGAGGGGUUAGGGAAGAGGAUUGACGACAUAUUCGAGAGAGUGAUAGAUCAACGUCUAAGGAUGGAGAAGGAAGGCGCCGAGGAGGAGAGUAGAGACUUUUUGACAUUUUUACUGAGGUUAAAAGAUGAAGGAGAUUCCAAGGUUCCGUUUACUAUGACUCACCUCAAAGCCUUGUUUAUGGAUAUGGUUGUGGGAGGGACGUACACAUCUUCUAAUACAGUUGAAUUUGCAAUGUCGGAAGUUAUGAACAAACCAGAAGUCUUGCAAAAAGUUCAGCAAGAAUUAGAUGCUGUGGUUGGGAAAAACAGCAUUGCAGAAGAGUCUCACAUUCACAAGCUACCCUACUUAUACGCUGUGAUGAAAGAAACACUGCGCUUGCACCCAGCCCUGCCUCUGUUAGUCCCACAUUGCCCAAGUGAGACAUGCACUGUGGGAGGUUAUACCAUUCCCAAGGGGUCUAGGAUUUUUGUUAAUGUUUGGGCUAUACAUAGAGACCCUUCUUGUUGGGAAAACCCUUUGGAGUUUGAUCCAACCAGAUUCUUGGAUGGUAAAUGGGAUUACAGUGGGAGUGACUUCAAGUAUUUUCCUUUUGGAUCGGGAAGAAGAAUAUGUUCAGGUGUAGCCCUAGCUGAGAGGAUGGUGAUGCAUUCGCUUGCUACACUGCUGCAUUCUUUUGAUUGGAAAGUGCCACAAGGAGAGACGUUGGAUCUCUCGGAGAAGUUUGGUAUUGUAUUGAAGAAGAAGAUAUCUUUGGUUGCCAUCCCAACUCCAAGGUUAUCAGAUCCAGCACUUUAUGAGUAG